UACUAUGAUGACUAAUAAGCUCCAUGCUUCCUUCCUAACCAAUUGACGCGGACGCCAACCACCGUCGAGCACCCACUGUCCGCCGUCGAGCCUCUCAGGGACACACCGCACCACUUGGUCUCUCUGUCUCUGAAAUAAUCAAGAUCUGUGCUUGUUCUACAGGCUGCCGGAGAGCUUUGUUCCUUUUCCUUUCAUUCUCCUUCAGCUUUCUGAAACUGACUUUACCAGUGUAUACUUUAACAAAGGAUGAUGGCAGAGGUUAGCUGCUAAUUCAUGCACAUUUAGUCUUCAUUCUCACACUCACAGUCACAGUCACAGCAAGUUUUAUUCAUUGGCGAGGAGAGCAAGGUGGCGGUGUAGCAGAGGAGUGUGUCGAUCACCAUCCAGAGGUGCUCUGACUUGUGCUCGUAGAUUGAGAUACAGUAGCCGCCUUCGCUACAUAAAAUCAUUGCUACUAAUUUGAUUUUGUUUAGGAUAUCAUUCUCUACGAUGAGGCUGCUUCUAUCUUCAGUUUUGUUAUUUUUGAAACACAACCACGGAGGAGUUGGAUAUAUUGAUCUUAUUCUGGUUGCAACCUCCUAACCUACUCUUAAUUAAUAUAUAUCCAGCAAUUAUGAAUAAUGUUGCUGAAAGACCACUUAACAAAGAUGUAGAGGAUGAUGAUGAGGAUGAUGGUGGAGGCCUCGAAGCCUGGGAGAGAACUUAUGCAGAGGAUAGAUCAUGGGAGGCUUUGCAAGAGGAUGAAUCCGGACUUCUUCGCCCCAUAGAUACUACAGCCAUUUACCAUGCCCAGUAUCGCAGGCGCCUCCGUACCCUUGCUGCCACAGCGGCUACUGCACGGAUUCAGAAGGGGCUUAUACGAUACCUGUACAUUGUUGUUGACCUGUCCAAGGCAGCUUCAGAGAGAGACUUUCGACCAAGUAGGAUGGUUGUGAUGGGGAAACAAGUUGAGGCAUUUAUCAGGGAAUUCUUUGAUCAGAAUCCACUUAGUCAUGUUGGUCUGGUGACUAUAAAAGAUGGGAUUGCUCAUUGCAUAACAGAACUUGGUGGCAGUCCUGAGUCUCACAUUAAAGCUUUGAUGGGUAAACUGGAAUGCUCAGGUGAUGCCUCCUUACAAAACGCACUAGAGCUUGUUCUUGGAUAUCUAAAUCAAAUCCCAUCAUAUGGUCAUCGAGAAGUUCUGAUCUUAUAUUCGGCUCUCAGUACAUGUGAUCCUGGUGAUCUCAUGGAAACCAUCCAGAAAUGCAAAAAGAGUAAAAUAAGGUGCUCAGUCAUUGGUCUUGCAGCUGAAAUGUUUGUGUGCAAACAUCUCUGCGAGGAAACUGGAGGGACUUAUUCUGUUGCACUAGAUGAGUCCCACUUUAAAGAGUUGAUCCUAGAGCAUGCCCCUCCACCUCCAGCAAUAGCAGAGUAUUCUACUGCUAAUUUAAUUAAGAUGGGUUUCCCACAGCGAUCAGCUGAGGGUUCUGUGGCAAUUUGCACAUGUCAUGAAGAGGCCAAGACCGGAGGGGGAUACACUUGUCCAAGAUGCAAAGUUCGGGUCUGUGAGCUUCCCACUGAAUGUCGUGUGUGUGGAUUGACCCUUAUUUCUUCACCCCAUUUGGCUAGGUCAUAUCAUCAUUUAUUUCCUAUAGUGAUGUUUGAUGAGGUCACUCCAUCUCAAAAGGAUUCAAGCCGCAGUUUUCCCAAUACUUGUUUUGGUUGUCAACAAAGUCUUCUUAGUCAGGGAAACAAGCCUGGACUUUCUGUUAUUUGCCCAAAAUGUAAGCAACAAUUCUGCCUUGAUUGUGACAUCUACGUUCAUGAGAGCUUACAUAACUGCCCAGGCUGUGAAAGUUCCAGACAUUCUAAGUCUGUAACUGCUUCCCAAUGAUUGCCAAUAUUCUGCCUGUGACUUAAAAUUUCCAUCAAAAUGGCGUUCUACAUUGUCUCCUUCAUAUUGCUAUACUGCAUCCACCCAAUGGACCCAUGAAUAAGUUCCGGUGCCAAGUGACUGACUAACAGUAUCAUCUGCUCAUUGAUCACAAUAGUCUGGUGCUUGAUCUGUAAAUGCUUUGCAGGGCAGACAACAGAAGUGAUAUUUAUACGAGGGUGAGGUUAAACCAACAACUUCUAAUCAUUUUCCUUCUUUUGUUCUUUGUUGGAAAUUAAGGCACAUGUAAAAUGUCUCCAUUGUGUUUUUUUCAAUCAGUGGGCUGACACCAUUCUUGCUGGCAGAUAAAUAUUGAUCAUUAAAAUUAUUUGUAUGAGAUAUUUAUACGCGUGUUUUGCUUUCAGCAAUCACAGUUGUGAACUUCUGACUUCAACUACCA